CUCACAUGGCUGCAUUCCCCACGAGGGGUCAUGAGCAGGAAAACGAGAUUCCUUUUCGGUAAACAUUUUUAAACGAGCAUCACACAGUCCCUUGAAGGCAUUCUGGAUGUGAACGCGGGCCAGUGAAGCACGGCCUCUUUGUAGCUUAGCCGCUGCAGCUUCUCAAUAGCCUCCAUUGACACUUCGGGGCGGAUUGGCUCUUUGCUGGAUUUCCAUCGCUGCUGCUGAGAGGAGCUGACGCAGCCGAAACGCCUCACGCCUGCGUAAAGAGGAGGAUGUCUCGCAGCACAGGUCGGAGAUCCUUGCGUCCUGGAUCAGUCAUGUGUUCAGCAGACUCCAGCACCCAGUUCGGCCUGCCUCAAGCACGGAGACGCUCGCCAGAGGAAAGGGAAACACCACUUCCUGAAACCCUGGACACCCAGGACACCAUGAAGCAGUUUCUCUCAGACCGGAUCCUGAAAGCAGCCAGGUCUGUGUAUAGCGCCUUGAUUGGGCGAAACCCAGGUCUGAUUAGGGACCGGAAACACCAUCUCAAAACCUACAGGCAGUGCUCUACAGGAAAAGAGCUUGUUGAUUGGCUGAUGACGCUGAAUGACAGUUUGCAGUCCCGGAGCCAGGCGGUGGGCAUGUGGCAGGUGCUGGUGGACGAGGGGAUACUUGUUCACGUGAAACAAGAGCUGAACUUCCAGGACAGGGACACCCAGUUCUACCGCUUCCUGGAGGCGGAGUUUAGUCUCAACCACACAACCAAUGAGAAGGACUUGGAGGAGGAGCUUCAGGAAGGCCUGUCCUUCUUGGUCCAGAUGGGUCCCGAUGCACUGCUGACAAUGAUCCUGCGCAAAUGCCCAAGCCAGAGGACUGCAGAGGAUCUGGAAGUGAUUUACGAGGAGCUGCUUCACAUCAAGGCUGUGGCUCACCUCUCCAGCUUUGUGCGUAAGGAGCUGGCUGCGGUUCUGGUGUUCGAGUCCCACGCCAAGGCAGGAACAGUCUUGUUCAGCCAGGGAGACAAAGGGACGUCCUGGUACAUCAUCUGGAAGGGCUCUGUGAACGUUAUAACACAUGGGAAAGGUCUGGUGACGACGCUGCAUGAGGGAGAUGAUUUUGGCCAGCUGGCGCUUGUUAACGACGCGCCACGCGCUGCCACCAUCAUACUGCGAGAGGACAAUUGCCACUUCCUGCGCGUGGACAAACAGGACUUCAUACGCAUCCUCAAGGAUGUGGAGGCCAACACGGUGCGCCUGGAGGAGCAUGGGAAAUCUGUGCUUGUGUUGGAGAAGAGUUCCGGAAGCGACUCAGCCAAUCAGGGAGCAUCAGGCAACAGCAACAAGUACACUGUGAUGUCAGGGACACCAGAGAAGAUUCUGGAACACCUGCUUGAGAACGUGAGGCUUGACACCAACAGCAACGACCCCAUAGAUCCCUGCGUGACCAACUUCCUCCUGACCCACAGCGUCUUCAUGCCGUCCAGCACGCUGUGCCCGGCCGCUCUGUGCACCUACCAUGCUGAGCCUUCUGAAGGCUCAGAGUUGGAGAAGGCGGCCUACUCCCUCAACAAGAAGCAGAAGAUCAUCCGGUUGGUGGGUCAGUGGGUGCUCCUAUACGGCCUGCUCCUGAAGGAUGAUCCCCCUGCCUGGGAAUUUCUAGAGAACCUGAGGGGGGAGGUGCUGGGUGACUCCCGCCUCUCCAGCAUGCUGAGAGAGCAGCUAAGGGACAGGAGGAGAGCAAGAGUGCUUGAAAAUGGACACCAGACACUGUCGAAGUUUCAGCUCAACCAACAGUUGGACUGGUUUUCCAAUCAAGAGGAGCCAGCGGGGAAAUGCCAGCCAAUCAGGGCACAGGACAAAGUCUUGUACGAGAUCUAUCGUCCCAACCACAGCUUUGUCAACCUCAUGCUCCCAGUCAACACCUCUGUACAGGACCUGAUGUCCUGCUUAGUGGACCCGGGAGGAGACCAUGUCCUGGUCAAAAUGAACUCCUCAGGAGACAGGGUUCAGCUGAAGUUGGAUGCCAUGGCUGUGUACACAUCACUGGGACUCAAUGAGAAGCUCUUCCUGUGCACUGCCAGUCAAGUGGAAGAGCUGACACCCUUGCAGGAGCAGCAGGGCCCAGAUCAGGGCAGCAUUCACACUUUGGAACAGAUGAGCUCCAAAGACAUCGCCAGUCAGCUCACCGACUACGACUGGGAGCUGUUCGGAGCCAUGCACGAGGUAGAGCUGGUGUACUACAUAUUCGGCCGGCACAAGUUCCCGGGCACCACCACGGCCAACCUGGAGCGCUUUGUGCGCCGCUUCAAUGCCGUGCAGUACUGGGUGGUCACCGAGCUGUGCCUCUGCAACGACCUGAUGAAGCGCGCCGCGCUGCUCAAGAAAUUCAUCAAGAUCGCCGUCUUCCUCAAAGAGCAGCGGAACCUCAACUCCUUCUUCGCGGUCAUGUUCGGGCUGGGCAACAGCGCGGUGCAGAGGCUCUCCAAGACCUGGGAGAGAGUGCCAAGCAAGACGAAGAGGGUUUACUGCUCGUUUGAAAGAUUAAUGGACCCCUCCCGUAAUCACAGGGCGUACAGACUCGCCGUGGCCAAGCUCAGCCCUCCGUACAUCCCCUUCAUGCCCCUGCUGCUGAAAGACAUGACUUUCAUCCACGAGGGAAACAAGAACUACGUGGAAAGCCUGGUCAAUUUUGAGAAAAUGCGCAUGAUCGCCAAAACCGUGAAGAUGGUGAGGGAGUGCCGGAGCCAGCCUUAUGUACCAUCAUCUCCACAAAAAGGCCUGGCGGACCGCAUGUUUCUUGAACCGCCCUCUGUGAGAAUCUCCACCUACUCAGAGCAGUCCCUCUCUCUGCGGAGCCCCACCAUCGUCCGCCAGUACAUCCAGAACCUCAAUGUGAUCGACAACCAACGGAAACUGACACAGCUCUCCAGGUCACUGGAGCGCUAAUCAUGACCACAAGCUUUAUAUAUAUAUAUAUGUGUGGCCACUUUAUUAGGUAAACCUGCUCAGCAAUGCUAAUAGCCUGCUCCACCAUGCAAGCGAAUCAUGUAGCUGCAAUAUACAAAGCAGACAUGGUGAGGAGGUUCAGUUGUUCAACCAGACACUAGAAUGGGUGAUCUAAGCCUGAUCAAAGCAACUUUGACCAUGGUAUGAUUGAUGGAGCAAGACGUGGUGAUUUCAACAUCUCACACACAGCUGCCCUCCUGGGAUUUUCACACACUGCAGUCUCUAGAGUUGACAGAGUGGUGUGACAAACAAAAAACAUCCAGUGAGCAGCAGCCCUGCGAGUAAAAACACCUUGUUAAUGAAAGAGGUCAGAGGAGAAUGGGCAGACUUGUUCAAGCAAACGUAAUGGCCACAGAUGCUCAAAUUACAGCUGUUCACAAGAGUAGUGUGCAGAAGGGCAACUCUGAGUGCACAGCGGGUCCACGUGCAGCCUGAAGCGGAUGGGCUAAAGCAGCAGAGCCUGAAGGAUGGGCUAAAGCAGCAGAGCCUGAAGCGGAUGGGCUAAAGCAGCAGAUAGCCUGAAGCGGAUGGGCUAAAGCAGCAGAUAGCCUGAAGCGGAUGGGCUACAGCAGCAGAUAGCCUGAAGCGGACGGGCUAAAGCAGCAGAAGACCACACCGGGUUCCACUCCUGUCAGCUAAGAACGGGAAGAUGAGGCCACAGUGGGCACGUAAUCACCUAAACUAGAUGAUUUAAGACUGGAAAAACAUUGCCUGGUCUGACAUGCUCUGACUGGAUGAAUUUUUUUUAAUGGAUACUUCCAGCAGGAUCAUGUACCAUGUCACAAAGCACGCAUCACCUCUAACUGGUUCCACGGACAUUGCCUAGAUCUCAAUCUAACGGAGAACGUUCGGGAUGAGGUGGAACAGGAGGUUUGCAGCACAUUUCCUGAAUCCAUGCCAUGACGAAUUCUGGGGGUCCUACCCAGAACUUGAUAGGGAGACCUAAUAAAGUGGCCACUGAGUAUCCUUGCCCUGCCACGAAGACUUCCCACUCCAGUGCUAAACAUGAUGGCAUGAGCUCCAUUUAAAAAAGGACAAUUCCAGAAUGUUCCAGGAGGCUUGGUGUGCUACAGCUGGAUGCAUGCUCCUGGGAAUGGUGAAGAAUUGUAAAAGUGCCUAAAACGGGCCAUGCUUUAAUGUGUUUACUGUCCAUGCUCACGGGGCAGCCAUAUUGGAUGGAAUGUCAGCCCGUGUGGGAAUUCUUCACAGACUGCCAGCUUCCUGUAACUGCCAUGUCCAAAGCAGGAAAACAUUACUCCUGCCAUAAACUAGUGAUAAUGAGGAUGCCAUUUUUUCAGAAGUAGCACAGCAUGUUGUAAGUAGGCAACCAUGGCAUUCUCUUACAGAAGGUUGUCGGCUCACAAAAACCAAUGCUAUUUUUUGUGCUACUGAGUGGCUAACAUACUGGGAUUUGGUCCCUUAUCUGAGCAGGGACACACCAGACACAGGCGUAAUGGGCUGGUUGCCCAAGGAGAGAGGUUCAGUUGGCACAAUUACUCCAGUGCCAGAGCAGCAGUGACCUCCUGUGGUCAAUCAGGGACCUGCAGUCUGCCUACACCAACAGCGCAUGAAGCGUCCUCCGCUGAUGCAAUGACUGAGCAGCACAGGUGGUGGACUGCAGAGGGAAAAGAACCAACAGCAACCACUUUGGAGACCCUGUGCUUUCCUGCACUCUCCCAAACCCAUGGAGAAUCAGCCUCUCAAUUUCACUCUAAAUGACUGCCUCUCUUGGGACUACACUUUGCCCUUCUUGGGAAGUACUGCACUUCGAUCCCCCAUUCUCACACUUGGAUUUGCAUUGCAAGUCACUGUGGAUUGGAGCAUCUGCCAAAUGUCAGUAAAUUAAAAGAAAAUAUAAAACCAGUGAUAAGUGGUUACACAAAACACGGGUCAAUUUCCAGUUUAAAUGGAAAUUAAUGAACUUGUUAAUUAUAAAGUGUUUGUGGGAUACAUUCCUAAAAGUACAUUUCAGGAGCAAACCAGCUCCCACACAGUUUCUCUAGAUGGGAACACACUCAGCCAUAUAAAAACUUUUUUUUUUUUACGGCCAAACCUUCACUGCUACUGUAUCCCUUUCUGUUGAACAGGCUUUUCUUCUAGAAUGUUCUGGAUCCUCCUGGUAAAUAAUUGCGAGGUGGAACUCCCUGAACAUUCACUCUGCAGCCAUUUACUUCCAACAGGCUCCAUCUUAACACAUCCUCCCUCCUUCAAUCCUAUAUGGCCACCAGUGUGAAUGCUGUUCCUCAGUGCCUUAGACAUUUCUGUCCUCUGUGACUGCUGUUAGCCAAAAGGCUGUGUUUAUGCCGCGACAUCAGAAUGAGUAUAUCAUUGGCAUUAGCUGUUAUUUAUGUUAAACUGCCACAGUAUCCAGUGUUGUACUGCCAGCCAAUACACCAGUGUUACUAUAAGCUCCAUUUCCAAUGAUGCUUUUACGCACUGUAGGCAAACAAGCUUAGUGAAUAGUAAUCUUCACUUUAUUAAAAAAAUUAACACAAAGCAAAACAGCACGGGGACCAAUUUUGUAGCCUCACUAAUAUAAAAAAAACUGACAUAUGUAAAGCGUAUUUCAUACUGUGCAAAUUUUUAUUUUUUUAAAUAAAUUAUUUCAAAACAAAA